CAUCAAAACCUUAUCCAAAUGUCAUCUUUUUAAGCAAAGGUAACAGCCAAAAGCCAUAAAUCUCUCCCUCCCUAUCUCCCAUAAUAGUUUCAGCGUAUUCCUCUGGGGUUGAUGGACCAUAGUCUCUUCCUCCACAAAGACCCUUCUCUCUCAUCUUUUUUACCAUCCGCGGUAAAAAAACCUUGGGCGCCCCACGUAUUUACUCCUUCGAGUUCACCUUCCAACUUCACUUUUACCCACCGGAGACCACUUAGGACUGGCUUUGCUUCUACUGAUUUCAAUAAUCGUAAGGUAACAUCGGUCAAAGCCAGCGCCGGCGCUAGCCACUGCGACUUUAGUAGCUUGAACGCUCCUCUCGAGCUAAGGUCAGCUCCGGGGAAGUUCUUAACCAGCGUUCUUCAGAACCAACGACAGUUCUUCCACUUCGCCGCUGCCAAUGAGCUUAAACAGCUCGCUGGAGAUCGUGAUACCGCCGUCGGUCGUAUGUUUCUUAGCUCGGAUUCUGAUGAGGCCUGUCUUCACAGAAGGAUUGCUCAGCUGAAAGAGCAUGAAUGCCAAGCUGCUGUGGAAGAUGUCAUGUAUAUGUUAAUCUUCUACAAAUUCUCUGAAAUCAGAGUACCAUUGGUUCCGAAGCUCUCCAGGUGCAUUUACAAUGGUAGACUUGAGAUAUUGCCUCCAAAAGACUGGGAGCUAGAGUCCAUCCAUAGCAUUGAGGUUUUGAAGAUGGUUAGGGAACAUGUCAGUACCGUUAUUGGCUUGAGAGCAAACUCCAGUGUCACAGACAACUGGGCUACUACUGAGAUCCUGCGGCUCCAGCUAGGCCAAGUUUAUGCAUCUUCCAUCUUGUAUGGUUAUUUUCUCAAGUCUGCCUCCUCCAGACACCAACUGGAAAGAUGCCUAAGUUUGGCCCUUCAAGAUGGUCUGAUUCAUACGAACUCCCUUAAGUUUCCAGAUCUGUUGCCUUGUGGAUUUAAAAGUCUGGUAUUUGGCCUUGUUAGUGACAUGCAAUCUGUUUCAUUAGGUCUGGGGCCAGGUAGACAGGAAAAGAAUCUUGAAGAAUUAAAGUAUUAUGUGAUGGGAUUUGACCCGGAGACACUACAGAGGUGUGCCAAACUGAAAUCCAAAGAGGCUGUAAAUUUGAUUGAGAAGCACUGCUGUGCGCUCUUUGGAGAUGAGCAUACAGGCAUGUUGGAGACUGAUGAGGUGAUUUUGACUUCUUUUUCAAGCCUGAAGAGGUUAGUUUUGGAAGCCCUUGCCUUUGGGUCUUUUCUUUGGGACAUAGAAGAAUAUGUUGACACAGUGUAUAAGCUGAAAGAUAACUGAUUGGAGAGAAGGGUAAGUUAAACAAUUAAGAAUUAAGAUAUAGCAGUUGAGUGAAGUCUCUUUGUACAGAUGCGUUAUAUUUUCUGCUCCAUGGCUUUGGUUUGCGAUCGCUUAGCAAUUCGCCUUGUAUGGCUACAAGUUGGUUUUAUAAAAAUAAUUUACAUACAAAACUUUUCUACUGUCUCUUGUUGCAGCGUUGGAGCAAUCACCAUUAGUCGUGUAUCAGUUUGUAAUUAUUGCAUCAAUAAGAUCAUUUUACUUGUUUUCGACA